UAACCAACUCACUCUCCAAACAGUCAAUAAAAGCAAAGAGCAAACAAAUAAUAAAACAUUCACUAUUUUGAGACGCAAACAAGAUGGCUAACCGGCACGCGACCGCUAUUUAUAUUUGCAUCUCUUUCUUCCUUACACCUAUUAAUACAAGCGCGAGAGUGUACGAUGAAUUUUAUUCGGACGACAGUGAAAUAAGAUAUACUAGGGAGUACAGCUUAAAGCAAGGAGCUUUGCGAGGGAUGAUUGUAAAGCCUAGUAGACAAUACAAUUUGCAAAGCGUUGAGAUGUUCUUUGGAAUUCCGUAUGCUGCCCCGCCUAUAGGAAGUUUCAGAUUCAUGCCACCAGUCAGUGCCCCACCCUGGUCCAACGUGUUAAAAGCAACAAAGUUCGCCCCAGUUUGCCCACAAGCAAUACCCCCUGUGAAGAAGGGCAACCCCCCUACAUUGGGUAGACAACACUAUAUGAACAAGAUUAAACCCUUCCUCAAAAAUGAAUCAGAAGAUUGUUUGUAUUUGAACAUUUAUGUGCCACAUCGAGGUAAGAAGGACAAACCAUAUACACUUUGA